AUGUCAAGGAUUCCAUCUCAUAACUAUGGUCAGGAGAGCAAUAUGACUGAGGUCACAGAGUUUAUACUAACAGGCUUCACAAAUAAUGAGAACCUGCAAGUCUUGCUAUUUCUGUUAUUUCUUGCAAUUUAUGUUUUUACUCUGAUAGGUAACUUGGGAUUGGUUUUUCUGGUAAUUGGGGAUUUCAGGCUCCACAACCCCAUGUACUAUUUUCUAAGUGCUUUAUCAAUAUUAGAUGCCUGUUAUUCAACAGUUGUCACACCAAAGAUGUUGGUCAAUUUCCUUUCAAAUGAUAAAUCCAUCUCAUAUCCUGGAUGUGUAACACAGAUGUUCCUUUUUGUUGUUUUUGGGAACACAGAAUGCUUUCUCUUGGCAGCAAUGGCUUACGACCGUUAUGUAGCCAUCUACGACCCACUUCUAUAUGCAGUGAGCAUGUCGCCCAGAGUUUACCUACCACUCAUCAUUGUUUCUUAUGUUGGAGGUAUUAUAAAUAGUUCUGUCCACACAACAACCACUUUCAGUCUGUCCUUUUGUGGAUCCAAUGAAAUUAGGCAUGUCUUCUGUGAUGUUCCUCCUCUCCUGGCUAUUUCUUGUUCUGACACCCACAUCAAUCAACUUCUUCUCUUCUACUAUGUGGGCAUUGUUGAGAUCAUCACUAUCCUGAUCGUCCUUGUUUCCUAUGGUUUCAUUCUCUUUGCCAUUCUCAAGAUACAAUCUACUAAAGGGAGAAGGAAAGUGUUCUCUACAUGUGGAGCUCACCUCACUGGUGUGUCCAUCUAUCAUGGAACUGUCAUAUUCAUGUAUGUAAGACCUAGUUCCAACUAUGUCUUAGAGCAUGACAUGAUUGUGUCCACAUUUUAUACCAUUGUUAUUCCCAUGCUCAAUCCCAUCGUCUACAGUCUGAGGAACAAAGAUGUGAAAGAAGCAAUGAAAAAGCUCUUUGAGAGAAAUUGGUUUAUGAAAAAAAUUCAUUUUUAA